AUGCCGGCCAUUCAGGGAAGCACUGCAUGGAUCUCCGGUGCGGCGCAGGGCAUCGGGCUGGCAGUGGCGCGGGAGUUGGUUGCGAAAGGCGCCAAUGUCGUGAUGGCAGAUCUUUUGGAUGCGAGCAAAGGAGAGUCCUUGGCCGCGGACCUUUGCCGAUUGGGAGCUGGCACAGCGGUGUAUGACCGGGUAGACGUGACAGACACGGCCAGCCUGCAUCGCAGUCUAGUGGAGAAGCCGCAGGAGGCUUUCGGGUGCUGUGCAACCAUCGUGGUCAACAACGCAGGAAUUGUGGUCAACGAUGAUGCUGGGGACGCCAAGAUCAAGUCCAUGAUGGACGUGAACAUGAUGGCCGUCAUGAAGGGGACUCAGAUGGCUGCCGAAGCGAUUCGUUCAGCCGGCAAGAAAGGCGUCGUCAUCAACACUGCCAGCAUGGGGGGACUUCUGCCGCUGCCGGAGACGCAAGCUUAUGCAGCUUCCAAGUGGGCAGUGGUGGGCUAUUCGAUUUCAUGCCGUCCCCUCAAGAAGUCGCACGGCGUGCGUGUGAACUGCGUGUGUCCCGCCAUGACGCAGACCCCAGCGGUCGGCACUUUCUUUGCAAAGAAGUUCGAGGAGCAAGAUGCCAACCACCCUCUCUUGAAGGACCAGCUACUGCCCGAAGAGGUGGCAGAUGCGUACGUCGCUUUGAUAGAGAAUGACAAGCUGAACUCGCAAGCCGCCGCCAUCAUGCCGCAGGUGAGUUACCUGCACAAUUUCGACUUCGUUGGUGUUACCAUGCAAGGCAUCCAGGAUGGAGUGAAGUUGCCGCGACGGGCAAGGCUUUGA